AUGUUCACCCCAUCGACGUCACGAUUCACCAGAACGUUGCUUACCUCUGCGCGUCUGCAAACAGCUUCACUCAGCCGCACACCUACCGCCAACCUAUACCGACCUCUCUUCACACCCAGGUUCUUCUCAAACACAAGCAGAAUGGCUGACACCGGCGUACACAACCUCCAGACCAAGGCGGCGUUCGAUGAGGCGUUGGCCGACAAGUCGGGCCUGAUGGUUCUCGACUGCUUCGCUACCUGGUGCGGACCUUGCAAGGUUAUUGCGCCCCAGGUCGUCAAGUUCUCCAGCACAUACACCAACGCGCGCUUCUACAAGAUCGACGUCGAUGAGGUCCCCGAUGUCGCACAAGAACUCGGCAUCCGCGCCAUGCCCACCUUCCUCCUCUUUAAGGGUGGUGACAAGGUCGCCGAGGUCGUCGGUGCCAACCCCAAGGCUCUUGAGGCCGCCAUCAAGGCCAAUGUCGACGAAUAG